UCGCUACCAUCCGCGUCUAGAACGGAAAGGGGUGAAAACCAGCAGAGAGAGAGAGAGAGAGGGAGAGAUGGGAGACGGACACAGCACGACGUACAAAGGAGUGACGCUUCACCACCCCAAGAGGUGGCAUUCUCUCACAGGAAAAGGCAUGUGCGCCAUCAUGUGGUUUUGGGUUUUUUACAGGGCUAAACAAGAUGGACCUGUGGUGUUGGGCUGGCGACAUCCUUGGGAGGGCCAUGAAGAACACUCUCAUGGGCAUGGGCAUGAACAUGAACAUGAGGCUUCCCAUUGAAGAACCAAAAGGUGAGUGUUGCAAUUCUGUUAGUUGGUGCUUGUUUUUCAAUUGCACACCCGACAAGGUUUGUCAUGAAUAAAGUUGUUUUCGAACAUGGGUCUGUUAUUUGCUUUUGUUUGCACUUGUUUAAUCAAGUUACAUACAUGUGGUCUUGCUCUCACAUAAACAUCGAUCUCCAAGUGUUUGUUUUA